AUGGCACCUUCAGCCAUUGACCCCAUUUCCACCAUCUCCUCCCACAAUGGCACUGGCAAAGCCCUCGAGGAAAUGUCCGACAAGAUUGACGCCAUCAACGUUCUCAAGGAUGAGUUAAGGAAGAAGUCCGAAUUCGACGCCGACAAAGUUAAGGCCAAGUUCCGCCAGUACGACCAAGCCGACGAGACCGUCGUCGGUCUCUACCGAACCCAACACGAGAACCAGACCGUCGCCUACAACCUAUGGGCCCGCAAUGACUUCAAGUCGAAAGUACGCGCCAAGAUGAGCAUCUGGGAGGCCAUGGAGAGACUCAACAAAUUCGUAGACGAUUCCGACCCGGACACUUCGCUCUCUCAAAUCCAGCACCUGUUACAAUCCGCCGAAGCCAUGCGUCGGGACGGCAAGCCGCGAUGGAUGCAAGUCACGGGUCUGAUCCACGAUCUCGGAAAGCUGAUAUGUGCAUUCCGCGACAGUCAGGCACAGUGGGAUGUGGUUGGUGAUACGUUCCCUGUAGGGUGUGCGUGGAGUCCUGGGAUCAUCUACAGCGAGAAGCCGUAUGAUACCUUUGAGAAAAACCCCGAUACCAAAGACCCCAUCUACAGCACCAAGUACGGCAUCUACUCGCCUGGCUGCGGCAUCGACAACAUAAUGCUGUCGUGGGGACACGAUGAGUAUCUGUAUCAUGUUGUCAAAGACCAGUCGACGUUGCCUGCUGAAGCCCUGGCUAUGAUCCGGUACCACUCCUUUUACCCGUGGCACAAGGAGGGUGCGUACAAGUACUUCAUGACGCCUCAUGACGAGAAGAUGUUGGAAGCGGUUCAGGCUUUCAAUCCUUAUGAUCUUUAUAGCAAGGAUGAUGGUGUGCCAGAUGUCGAGACGCUCAAGCCAUAUUACAUGGAGCUCAUCGAUGAGUUUUUCCCAAAGAAGGUCCUCGACUGGUAG